ACAGAGGGAGCCACGGAGAGAGAGAGAGAGCGAGAGCGGGGGAAUCACUCAAGAUGCCUCGUUUUAGCGUGAUUUGUCCUGCAGACUGUGCCCUUCCGGCGUUUUGAGGGCUGCUGUGCGCCUGGAGAGAGAGAGAUAGAGAUAGAGAGGCAGUGAGAGAGAGAGAUGCUGGACGGCUACGCUAUAUGCUGCCUGACCCUGCUGUGUUGUGAUAGCGUUGUCCGAUUGUUUGGAUUGAGGAAGGCUCCCAUCAAGCCAAAUCAAUGAGGAUUCUGAGGCCAUUCCUUCAGAAAGGAGCGCAUAUGCUGCAGUGUUUCUGUGGACAACGAUCGAAGUCGACCACUAUCACCAACGAGCCGCAGCUGAAAGGCAUCGUGACACGACUGUUCAGCCAGCAGGGCUUCUACCUGCAGAUGCAGCCGGAUGGAACCAUCGACGGCAGCAAGGACGAGAACAGUGACCACACCUUGUUCAAUCUUAUUCCUGUGGGUCUGAGAGUGGUGGCGAUCCAGGGGUUAAAGAGUGGCUUCUACAUUGCAAUGAAUGGCGAGGGCAUGCUCUACAGCUCGGAAAUGUUCACACCAGAGUGUAGGUUCAAGGAGUCUGUUUUCGAGAACUACUACGUGAUCUACUCAUCCACUGUGUACCGUCAGCAGGAGUCGGGUCGAGCCUGGUUCCUUGGCCUCACCAAGGAGGGGCAAGUCAUGAAGGGUAAUCGGGUCAAGAAGACUAAGCCCUCAUCUCACUUUGUUCCCCGGCCCAUUGAAGUUUGUAUGUACAGGGAGCCGUCUAUGCAUGAGAUAGAGGACAAGCACCGCUCCAGAAAGAGCUCAGGGACUCCCACCAUGAACGGAGGGAAAGCUGUCAAUCAGGACUCCACAUAGCAGUGAUGGCAGAGGCUUCCAUUAGGGGUGUGGUCUCCCCCGACUCAAUGGGAGGGGCCAUCGGAAAACUCACUUUCCCCUGGAUACAAACCACCUUCCCCUCUGAAAAACAGAGGGCAUUGUGAUGACAACGAGGAGCUACAUAUUACUGUACAAGACAAGAAAAACAAAAACUGAACACUUGCCUGUGAAAUACUUUUAGACAAAUUACUAUGAAACCAGAGGAUAUAUAUAUAUAUAUGUGUAUAUAUAUAUGUAAAAAAUAUUUUCAAUCAGGACUUGACCGACAUUUUAUGCAAAAAAAAAAGAAGCUGUGAUAAACAAACAAAGAACGGUGGUCUCUCUUCACACAAAUACAAAUAUUUAUCAUUUCCAAUUUAUGCUGUGAAAAACAAGCUUUAAUACACGUUCGAUUUUCAUAUAUUGAUUUUCUUUCCCCCCCCAAAUUGCUGCUGCACUCUCAUAUGCUUUACUGCUCUUUGUCACGAUAUCAUCAUCAUUUCUAAUCAAUUUUUAUCACCACACUUACAAUCAUGGUUAUUCAGGCUUUUUUUUGUUGUUGAUUUUUUUUUUAGACAAAAAUAUUUAUUUAUUCAUUUAUUUAUUUUUAAUUACUCCUGUUUUUUUUCUCUCUUUCUCGCAGUUUGAUCUUGACUGCACUGUCACACUACCUGCUCUGGUGUGAGGGUAAGAGCGAAUGUAUUUGGUAGUUCUCUGGGUUGGACUCCAACUGAGUCCUUAUAGGGUGGGAUGUACUUUACUCAGGUGUGUAAUGUAUGUUAGACUAAUGAGACUGAAUGGACAUGUUGUGGAAAAUGUGGACAUAAACUGUCCCUGUGUUGUCCCUGCUGCGAUGGGACGGAGCUGAAACAAGCAAUAUAAUAGGGUGCAGUCCGGUAUGUCCCUGAAAUAAUUGUAAUAAAGUGACAACACAUCUCUGUGAUUGGUGUAUGAAGAUAGACCGACAGUGAAAGUUGCUUAAAGAGGUAAAAGUUUGUUUUGAUAUAGCAUCGUUUGCAAGAAUUAUCAGGGUUUUAGUGAAAGAGACGUCCAAACUUGUUGAAAAUGAAAGAAACAACAACAACAACACUAUUCUCUCCAGAACUUGUUGAAAAUCAUGACCAGCAUCAGCACUGUAUGAGCCAUGGCCAUAAAUGGUCACUUCACUUUUGCACCUCAAGAAACACAGACCCCCCCCCAUCUGACGA